AUGGCUCUUCAUCCCAUCAACCGUGCCCUCUCGUACGGGGAGCCGCUGCUGUUCAUGCUCGUAGCUUUGUACAGGUUCAAAGGCUUCUUCCUGGUGCUCUUCGACAUUGCGACAUUGAAAGUGAGCCCAUCAGAGCUUCUCUCCUAUGACGCCAUUAGCGACCGUGUAUUUGGCAAGAUGUGGUUACGUAUCAGCGAAAUGGAGACCGUGGUCCCAGCACUCGUCGGUUCGGCCUCAGGCACCGUUCUUGAAAUCGGUCCUGGCAGCGGCAACCAGCUUGCGCGCUACAAUAAGUCGAAUGUCACGACCAUCUUCGGUAUUGAGCCAAACCGACAUCUUCAUGACGAAUUGCGCGCCAAUGUCGCAAAGUUCGGGUUGCAGGAUAUCUACCGGAUUGUUCCAUUCGGGAUCGAAGAGGUGCAGCGCAUGAAGUCUUUUGGUGUGGAGGAGGGCUCCAUCGAUACAGUGCUGUCUGUUCAGGUGCUUUGUGGUGUGCCAGACCCGGAGCAAGUCUGUAAGCGGAUGUAUCGGUUGUUGAGGCCCGGUGGGACGAUGAUUGUGUAUGAGCAUGUAGAGGCGAAAGAUUGGUUGAGUAGGAAGGUGCAAGGGGUCUAUCAGAUCGCCUGGCCCUGGCUUAUGGGAGGAUGCUCUCUUGUCAGGCCGACAGCAGAUUACCUCCUCAGCGCCGGUAAAUGGGAAACUGUCGACCUCACCUCAUCGGCCAAGGAGGAUCCGUGGCUUGUCAUUCCCCGUGUUUCCGGGAAGCUGAUCAAGGCUAAGUCAUAA